AUGGCGUUGCGGUCUCCGCGCGCCCUCGCGUGCGCGUUAUUGUGCCUCCCCGCCAGCAUAGCGUGGCACGGCAGCGGCGUGCGGCCGCGGCUGCCCUCCACCUCCCUCGCGUCUGCUCCACUCGCGCUCCGGCCGGCGCUGCACACGCGGGCGGCUCCAGCCCGGCUCGCCGCUGCGGCCGCAGUGCCUGAGCCGGAGCCGCAGCGGAGCGGGUGGCGGGCUCGGCUGCCGCCGGCGAACGAGCUGCGCAAGAUCGUCCCGCUGGCGAUCAUGUUCUUCUGCAUCCUCUUCAACUACACCAUCCUGCGCGACACCAAGGACGUCCUCGUCGCGCCCGGCUCCUCUGCCGAGGCGAUCCCUUUCCUCAAGACGUGGGUCAACCUGCCGGGCGCAGGCACGCUCACACAACAGCACAGCCUCGGGGCCCUCUUCUACACCGUCCUCUCCACCUUCCUCGCCUUCUUCGGCGCCUUCGGCUGGCUCAUCUACCCGCUCGUCUCUGCCGGCCUCCUCCACCCGGUGCGGUACGUUUCAAAGCUGCACACCUCCCUCCCGGCCGGCGUGGACGGCUGGGGCGUCGCGCCCAAGCUACUCAUGUCUGCUGUUGUCGCGUCGGGCGGUGUCAUCAUGGCCGCCUUUCGCUACCUCAACGUGGCCGUCCUGAAGGAGGCGGACGGUUCGGACGGCGCCCCCUCGCCGUCGGGCAAGCUCGCGCCAAAGAAGAAGAAGAAGCCGAGCAUGUCGAUUGGAGAGCGCGCCACCUAG